CUCGAGACGAGCAGUUGCCGGAGUGGUGGAGUUUCCGGCACGUACUUUGACGUAAAUCUUGGCCGGAAAUCAAAGUUCAUGAACCAAUAAUAAUGUCUACUGCUCCGUCACCAAGCUCUUCACCUUCACCACCCGCUCCACCACCAGAUUCAUCAUCAAAUAAUUCUUCUUCUCCAACUCCAUCAACUUCACCAUCACCACCCUCAGGGUCACCAUCACCACCCUCAGAAUCUCCGCCACCUCCCCCACCAUCCGAAUCUUCUCCAUCACCAUCAUCCGGCUCUUCUCCACCACCUUCUUCUAAUGAUGCCUCUCCUCCUCCACCACCUCCAAAAAACAACUCUCCUUCACCAACAGGCAGUGCCACAUCGCCACCUCCCCCGCCACAUUCGCCAUCUCCUCCCGGAAAAUCAUCACCUCCACCGCCACCUACGCCCAAACUCUCACCACCAUCAGCACCUUCUUCAAAUAGCACCGUAUCGUCGUCCGUUUCAUCAUCAGUCAGCAACAAUCUACCAAUAAUAGUGGGAGUAUCAGUUGGGGUAGGCGUAUUUUUAAUUGCCUUGAUCAUCACUUGUGUCAUCUGCCGUAGGAAGAGGAGGAGAAAGCAUGAUCAUAUGCAGAUAUACUAUUCAGAUCCUUCGCAUAAAGGUGGUAGUCAUGAAUACUACAAUGGUCAAUCUGCUUGGCACAUUAAUACUCCCCAAGCGGACCAUGUUGUGAGGCUAUCCCAAGGAGCAUCACCUGGGCUUCCCUGGAAAACACCUCCUCCUGCACUCCCCACCAGUAGCGAAGAAAUGAGCGCCGCUUACUCUGGCCCACACAGACCCCCCUUGCCACCACCCUCACCAAACCUUGCACUUGGAUUCAACAAGAGCACCUUCAGUUAUGAGGAGCUAGCAGCUGCUACAGGCGGUUUUGCACAGGACAAGUUGUUGGGUCAAGGUGGGUUUGGUUAUGUGCACAAGGGUGUGUUGCCUAAUGGAAAAGAAGUUGCAGUGAAGAGUCUAAAGUCAGGGAGUGGACAAGGAGAGAGAGAAUUCCAGGCUGAGGUUGACAUUAUUAGCCGUGUUCAUCAUCGACAUCUUGUGUCACUCGUUGGAUAUUGUAUUGCUGGUGGGCAGAGGAUGUUGGUGUAUGAAUUUGUUUCCAAUAAGACCUUGGAAUAUCACCUCCAUGGAACGGAUCGUCCAAUCAUGGAUUGGCCAACUAGGCUUCGUAUUGCAACAGGAUCUGCCAAAGGGCUUGCAUACCUUCAUGAAGAUUGCCAUCCUCGGAUCAUACAUCGGGAUAUCAAAGCAGCUAACAUUCUCCUUGACGAAAACUUUGAAGCCAUGGUGGCUGAUUUCGGAUUGGCUAAGCUGUCUUCUGACAAUAACACUCAUGUAUCUACACGUGUCAUGGGAACAUUUGGGUAUUUGGCUCCAGAGUAUGCUUCAAGUGGAAAGCUGUCAGAUAAAUCUGAUGUUUUCUCUUAUGGUGUCAUGCUCUUGGAAUUAAUAACUGGGCGGCGACCUGUGGAUGCUUCAAGUACAAUGGAUGAUAGCUUAGUGGACUGGGCUCGACCACUCCUUACUCGUGCUUUGGAGGAAGGCAAAUAUGAUGAACUGGUAGAUCCAAAGUUAGAGAACAAUUACAACCCUAAUGAGAUGACACGCAUGGUCGCCUCUGCCGCUGCCAGCAUUCGUCAUUCUGGCAAAAAGCGCCCAAAAAUGAGCCAGAUUGUGCGUGCAUUGGAGGGAGAUGUAUCGCUGGAUGACUUGAAUGAUGGAAUCAGGCCUAGCCAGAACUCCAUUUUCACCGGCUCAAGUAUGACUGGAAGCUCAGACUAUGACAGCACCGCAUAUAAUUCUGACAUGAAGAAGUUCAGAAAGAUGGCACUGACAAGUCAGGAAUUUGUGAGCAGCGAGUUUGGCACAUCCAGUAAUGAGUCCCGCGACAUGGGUAACAAUGGAGGGAACCAAAAGCAAUACUCUUAAAACUGCCUGACUAGUGACUACCCUUAUGGAAGGACUUGCUUGACAAUGGGGCCUAACAAAGCCAUCUUGGUGCUCAUACACUUCAAAGAAUUGUAUUCAUGAUCCAGCUAACGUUUAUAAGUUGUUGUUUUAAUUUGAUUUUUGGGUUUCGAGGUGACACAGAGAAAGA